AUGGCGCCCCGGGUCGACCCUGAGGUCGUUCUAGGUCUUAUUGAACUGGCGGAUCUGGCUGGACUGAAGAAAUUCAUUCCUGCGGAUUUUGACUGGAGAAGUCGCGGAGCACAUCUACUUCAAUUCACGAUUUUACAGUCAUGGAACGCAGAGACUGACAAAAUUCCGCACUAUCUCAAGAUUGCUGAAUGGAUGAUAAGCAAGGGGGCAGACCCAGCACAGGAAGUGUCACAUUCUCGCAGCGACGCAGUGCCCCUUGGCCCGACGGCAUAUUCAAAAAUAUUUUACAUGCUCAAAGGGGCUGGCGACAAUACCAAAUAUCUACAGCAGCUGUUGCUCAUUUUGUCGGGCUCCACGGCACAAAAACGGGAAACAGUUGAGGUUGAUCGGGCGGUCCUCCAGCGAUGGGAGAGCAUCCGCAACAAGGCUGAUACCCAUAAUGUCACCUUUGAGACUGCAGAAGGUCCAGUGACAGCGCAUGAUGCUGUACUGAUGGUGGCUUCUCCUGUCUUGACAGCCAUGCUCGAGUCUACCAUGGCAGAGGGCACAAGCAAAUGCAUUCGAGUCUCAGAUUCAUCAGCUGCUGCUGUGGCACUAUUCUUGGACAUGGUGUACAUGAGCGCAACAGACAGCGACCUCCAGUACAAAACAGUUCUUGGUGCCUUAGACCUUUCUCACCGAUGGGAGGUGCGCAGCGUCGUGAGGGUUUUCGAGGACAUAUUGCAAGACAUGCUUACCACCUCUAACUUCCCGGAGAUUGCUGAGGCGGCUGCUCUGAAAGAUCUAGAGGGCUUGAAGGAAGCAUGUGCCAAGUUUGCCGAGACCGACGAUGGCGUGAAAGCUUUGGUUCAGCAACGCAAGCUGCACCCGUCUGUGAUGAACUUUCUUGGCGCUCCCUCACCCUCUGAGCCGCCCGCAAAGAAACUGCGGACAUUUUGA